AUGGCGCUACCACUGCUUCAGUGCGGACAGUAUGAGCCUGACAGUUCCACAACCAACUGCUGGCGACUAAAAGCGGACUCACAAGUCAUUGUCCCGGAAAACGUCACCACUGCCGUGUCGUCGUCUCUCAUGAAGUUUGCCUACCUUUAUGCUAACGUGCAUGGCUACAUUAGCAUAUGCGUCUGCGCGUUUGGCAUCGUCACGAACUUCUUCAACGUCACUGUUCUCACGCGGAGGAAUAUGCGGACGCCCACGAACUACAUUCUCUCCUGGCUUGCCGUAUCUGACAUCAUCACCAUGAUGUCUUACGUUCCCUUUGCCGUACACUUUUAUUGUUUUUAUCCUCCUGGACAAAUUUCAGUGGAGAAAAACAAUCUAUUCUGGAUGACAGUUAUGCUGGUUCACGUGAAUUUAUCAGCGACUACUCACACGACGUCGAUAUGGUUGUGUGUGGCGUUGGCCAUCUUCAGAUAUCUACACAUACGAAAUCCCACCAAAGGCCAAGCAACCAGGCUGCGACGUCUCGCUCAGACCAAACUCAUCGUUCUGAUCAUUUACGCCGCGUCCGUCUUAGUUCUUAUUCCCAAUUAUAUGUCGAAUGUUCUUGAGAGGAUAUACGUCAACGCCAAUCAAACAGACCAAGUCGUGUACGUGUUCAAGGACACAGAGCUUGGCAGUGGAGAAACCGACGCAAUGUACCUUGUGAACGCAUGGCUGUACUCCGUGAUCGCCAAAAUCAUCCCUUGUAUUCUGAUGUCCAUCUUUGGCGCGCUUCUCAUAUACCAUAUCCAAUUCAAGAACAGACGAAGAAGGGAGCGUUUGGUCAUAUCGGGAGCCAGCAGUCUUCGCCUUACGGAACAUUCCAGAACCACCAAGAUGCUUCUGGCAGUCAUAGUUUUGUUCUUGAUCACGGAAUUUCCACAAGGAGUGCUCGUCAUUUUAAGUGCAGUGAUUCCGCAUUUUUUCGAGACGAUUUACCUGCCCUUGGGUGAUGCCAUGGACAUUGUGGCGUUGAUCAACAAUUCCGUCAACUUUGUUCUGUACUGCACAAUGAGUGCACAAUUUCGGCAGACAUUUCUCAAGCUCUACUGCAGCUUUCCGAAAAAGGAUCAGGCCGUGGCGGUACAUAUGCCCCUUCAACAAAAGCCCGAUAGUAACAGUCCGAAUAGCCCUCAGUCCUAAUGACAGAGUUUUGCUGUAAACACUGUCAGUGAAGUCAUUUAAAGGUUGAUUCGUUCUGUGAAUCGUGUUGCACGGAUAUAGGUGAAAUUCUUCCCAGCGAAUUUUCAGUUCGAACAUGAAAUCUAACUAUUUGGAAGUAGUGAUUCCAACUUAGUAAAGUUCUAGACUUUUUUAAUUUUUUUCCUUUUUUGAAAUCAGCACAACUAGAAUAUACCAUAUAAUACACAUUUACCAAUGCUUUUGAGUUAUUUGUUGUUGAUAUA